AUGGAGCAAGGAGGUGUUGCAUCCCCACGCGCUGCAUCGGUCGCUGCGGCGGCGGAUCUGGAGGAGAAGAAGGUGGCCGUGGCGGACUCAGCCGUGUCGGAGCUUGGCGUGACAGCGUCGAGCGGCCCUUCUAAUGGACCUGCGGAGGCCGGCGGCGAGCACGUGGACCUGCAGCAGAAGGAGGAUCUUGUUGGCAAGAGGAGGAAGUGGGACUCAUCUGGGUACUACCCAUAUGACAGGGAUGAAGAUGAGCCGUACGAGUGUGAAUCUGGAGAUGAUGUGGUCGAGGGGAACGUCGAGUCCUUUGAAGAGAAGGUGGUGCAGAAGAUCAGGGCCCAAGGAUCUGGUACGUACUACAACUGGAGGACGGACAAGUACUGCUGCCCCUACUGCAUUAGGCCCAAGCCCAUGUCUGGGUUGCUGGAGCAUCUGAUGGAACAUUGUUGGGCUACAUCCGUCAGCAGUGAUGAGUACAAGAUCAGGGCUCAGCAUUCUGCCCUCCACAAGCAACAGGCCACGUACCAGGUGGUCCAGCCCAUCAACGGUGACCCGUUCAUCGGCAGCCUUGAGACCCCCGUCACCUCCAGCCCCCUCGUCGCGUGGUACCUCUCCAACCUCCCCGCGUACCGCACUGCCAUCAGUCCGCUCCUCCGUGGCAUCGAGGUCGGCCUGGCCCACGGCUACCUCCUCGUCGGCCCCUUUGCGCUCACCGGCCCGCUCCGCAACACGCCGAUUCACGGCCAAGCAGGCACUCUCGGCGCCAUCAUCCUCGUCUCCAUCCUCAGCGUCUGGCUCACCAUGUACGGCGUCGUGUCCUUCAACGAGGGCGUGCCCUCCACCGCGCCCACCCUCACGCUCACCGGCCGCAAGAAGGAGGCCGACAAGCUGCAGACGGCAGAAGGGUGGUCCCAGUUCACCGGAGGCUUCUUCUUUGGCGGUGUCUCCGGCGCCAUCUGGGCCUACUUCCUCCUCUACGUGCUUGACCUCCCAUACUUCUUCAAGUAG